CCCCCCGCGGCUGCUGAGCGUCUCUCUGUCCUCACGCGCUCAGUGAGGGUGAGGGUGCAGACAGGGAGCAGGUCCACCUCUGGGAUUUACUAUUCGCACUGAAGUGAACACCUGGACUACGAAGCUGUACACCUGUAUUGUUCCUUCUUUUUUUUUUUUUUACAGCUGUUUUGAUUUUGGUUUUAUUUCUGGGCUCGGGGAAACAAGCUGCCAACAUGUCUCGGGCUCCAGACGGUGUGAGCAAGCUCACUGAAAGCACGUACAAGAAUGUAAUGGAGCAGUUCAACCCAGGCCUGAGGAGCCUGGUCACCCUCGGGAAGAACUAUGAGAAAUCCGUCACAGCGAUGACUCUUUCCGGAAAGGUCUACUUUGAAGCAGUGUCAAAGAUCGGGGAGAAUGCCAUGGUGUCGCCAGUCUCCAGAGAACUUGGUGUUGUUCUCAUGGAGAUUGCAGAGACCCAAAGGAAGCUUCAUAAUGAACUUGACGAGAAUUUCAAGAGGUUUCACAAUGAGAUAAUCGUCGAGCUGGAGAAGAAAACAGAGAUGGAUGUGAAAUACAUGAAUGCCACCUUCAAGCGUUACCAGUCAGAGCACAAGCUGAAGCAGGACACUCUGGAGCGCUCUCAGACAGACCUGAAGAAGCUGAGGAGGAAAAGCCAGGGAAAGCACUCUUCCAAAUACACGAUCAGAGAGAACGAGUUUAUGGAGACCAUCUCGUCACGCCAGACGGACAUGCAGAAGUUCAUCGCUGAAGGCUGCAGAGAGGCCUUGCUGGAAGAAAAGAGACGCUUCUGUUUCCUGGCAGACAAACACUGCAUGUUCUCCUAUCAGAUCAGCAACUUCUACGAGAAAGCCAAAGAUAUACUGUCCACGAAGCUCCCCACCUGGCAGGAAAAGUGCAGCGACAUCACCAAGGUGCCGGACACGGUGGCGACCAUGAUUGAGGGGCUCUCCCCGACUCCAGUACAAUCGCCGCUGGUUGAACACAACAACAGGAACAAUGUGGAGUCAAUGGUUCCUCCUCCAGCACCACCGCUAAAGGCUCAAAUAAGUCCGCUCGCCAAUAUGUUCAACCCAGAGCCCAGAUCUUUGCUCACCUCCCCCUCAGACCACAACUCAGACCAGGGCAGUCUUGGGGGGGACAGUAUGCACCGGUCGGUGUCCAUGUCGUCUGGUCUCAACGUGGGCAGGAAACAGCGGGUCAGGACCAUCUUCCCUCACACGUCGGGCAACAACGACACACUCCUCAGCUUCGACGAGGGUGACAUGAUCACCGUGCUCCUUCACGAGGAGAAGGACGGCUGGCUGUAUGGAGAGCUGGAGAAGACAACGCAGCGGGGCUGGUUUCCCUCAUCUUACUGCAGACCCUGCACUGAGCCAGUGUUAUCAAAUAGCAAUCUGAGUACGCCAGUGCAUAGUCUGAGUGUGGCCAGUCUGCCAGAGGAAGAUCUGGUGUUGAUUCCACCACCAGACUACAGUGACGACCCCCCCAGCCCAGUGGUCCCCUCAACGCCCUCACCACAGAACACGGUGUCUUUAGUCAAUGGGACUGCGAAGGCUCCUUUUCUAGGGGGAGGGAAUCCAUUCGCCACGGUCCAGCUGAGGCCAACGGUAACAAACGACAGAUCGGCACCACACAUCUAACGUGGGGCAGGAGAAGUUUCACCACUGUCACGCCUUCAGGGGAAUCAUGGGAAACAUGGGACCCCUGCGACACAAUGAUUAUCACCCCAACCUGACAUCUCACCAGUCUGCAUGCUAGUCUCUCUCAGUACCAGUCUGCUCUAUUAAAGGGAACCAUUGUUUCUUGGCACAAGUGUGCUUUACUGUGCCAGUGUGUGUUUGACAUUAGCCACAGCAGUGAAACAUUACAUAAUCAACAUGUGGAUAUUCUGACAAACUUUGUAGUGCAAAGACAUAAUGUCAUAUACACUGAGUCUUAAAGGUUCAGUGUGUAGAAUUGAGUGACAUCUAGUGGUGAAGUUGCAUGUUGCAGCUGAAUACCCCUCACCUCACCCUCCCCUUCUGAACCUGUAGUAGCCUUCAGGUGUUUAGUUUGUCCAGUUUGGGCUCCUGUAAAAAACAUGGCGGCCUCCAUAGAGAGGACCCGCUCCUGAUGUAAAUAUAAAGUAUUUAAAUAUAACUUCAUUUUAGAGAAAACGUCACAAGGAUCAUUUUAUAUUUAAUUUCUGCCAAUAAAUCCCUUUCGCCUAAAUUGUACACACUGAACCUUUAAAGUAAUAAUUCAGCCCAAAAUGAAAAUGUUGGCCUGGUCUAAUACUUGUCACUUAAAGUUAUAAUAAUACUGAGUUACAUGAAUUUGCAGGUUGAAUACCUUUAAUAUGAGGAAGUAGGAAAGUUCAGUUUGCAUGAGCAGUAUAAUACAGUGAAGCUUUGAGAAGGUGUGACGACAGUCAAUUCUCAGCUUUUACAGACAGACAAAAUUAAAGCUCCUGUGCAAUACAUGUAAAUACAUUGAAUGUCUAUUAUGGCCAUAAAUACUGUCCCAAAUUUGUUUUCAAAGUACAGAAGUUUCAGAGUUGUCCUUAAAAAUCAUUUAAAAAAAGAAAAUCAUCAAAACAUUAUUUUCACCAAGCAGUUUCUAGAAAUGUUAUUGCAAAAGUUACAGAAAACCACCUCAAAUAUAAUAAUGGACGUGUGGAUUACUCCACAUGUACUUGACCUCAACAGUGUCAUGUGCUACUGAGGUAUAUUGUGAGUCAUAUAAAUAUCCAAGGACUGACCCAUGAAUAUGGAGAAUAAACCUACAUCUUCAUUUUGGGCUGAAAGAGAAGUGUCAUCAGGUGUUUUCAGGCUUGUAUGCACUGCAGUCAGUGCAGUGUUUUAAUACAGGACGAUGAACAGACCCAGAUCUAAAUGACAGUUGCCCGAUGCUAAUGAAAGAGACCAGCCCUUAGGCUGUCUUCCUGACUUGCAAAAAAAAAAAAGUACAAAUUGUUAUUUCUAUUUUUCUUAACUUUAUCUUUUGUCUUUCUUUGAGAUAUUCAGAAGUUGUGAGAAUGAAGGAAGAGUGGCUUGUUGGUCGUUUGAGUGAAGGCAAAACAGUGUCAGUUUAGAAGGCUAUUUAUAUACAGUAAGUUUAUAUUUAAAUAAAAUAUGUAAACAGAAGUUCAUUAGGUGUUUAAAGGGCCAUAAAGAUGCUUCUUUAAAUACGAUAGCGACUGGGCUCAUUAUGGCCUUGGAACCCUCACUGGUUUUGAUUUGACUGCUGGUAUGUGUUUUUUAUGGGUAAAAUGACCUUUUGAUGAAGGAAAUAUUUUCACUACUCACUGCUCCACUGUUUAAUGUAGAUUCUGUGAAUGAUGAACAGUUUAUACAAUAUAAAAAUGUAAAUUCAGUUAUUUGCAUUGUCUGUGAAUACAGUGUGUCAUUAAGUAUUAUGUUGUCUGUGAGGAAAGGGGCUUUUUGCCAUCUUAUUGCUUUGCAGGAUGUGAAUGUACGAAGAGGAACUGAUUGAUGAAACUGUUUAUUGACCCACUGGUGUGUUAGUGAACCCAUCACACUGACAUAGUUAAUGCCACAUGCUUUCUUCAGAGUACCUUACCACUGUGUCUACCCACUUAGUCUUUAUUCUCAGUAAAACAUGUUAAAGUAAAAGUCUGCACAAUAAAGGUUCAACUACAUAUUCUG